UUUAACCGGAAGAAGCCUUACUUCACAAGGUUACGACAACAGCUAAAACUUAUCUUAUUCCAGUUUAACGCUAACGCUCUCUCCACCGCUUAGAUUCAAUAUCGGUUUUGUUGGUCUUCAUGUGGGCGUCAUCUUGUAUCCAACUAUGAAGUUCCCUUAUCUUUUUGCUACCAGAGCUGUUCUCAGAUUCCAGCAAAGCCCGUUUUUAUUACCGGUCCCAGCGCUCUGGACACAUCCAAGGAGCGCCGCUUUGAGCACCCGGCUCUGCAAAGAUGACAGGAGUUACUACAUAACCACUCCCAUCUUCUAUGUCAACGCUUCACCUCAUUUAGGACACCUGUACUCAGCUGUUUUAGCAGACUGCUUACACAGGUACAAACUACUGCAAGGAUUCAACUCAAAGUUUGCAACAGGCACUGAUGAACAUGGCUUGAAAAUCCAACAAGCUGCUGAAGCUGCAGGAAAAGAUCCCAUGACCUUCUGCACGGAUGUGUCGAAGCAGUUCAGACAUCUCUUCGACAGCUGCAACAUAUCGUACACAGACUACAUAAGAACCACUGAGCAGAGACACCAUGAGGCUGUGGAGCAUUUCUGGUCAGUGCUGUGGAACAAAGGGCUCAUCUACAAGGGGAGUUACGAAGGCUGGUACUCCACACAAGAUGAAAGCUUCCUUAUGCCGUCUCAGGUCGGUGACGCUUUGGACUCAUUAGGGAAGGAGAUCAAAGUUUCGCUGGAGAGCGGACACAAGGUGGAGUGGAUGAAAGAGGAGAACUACAUGUUUCGUCUGUCUGCGUUUCAGUCUCCGCUGCUUGACUGGCUCAGAGGAAAUCCUCAGGUUGUACAGCCUGAUCGUUUCCACCAGGUUGUACUUAAGUGGUUGCAGGAAGACCUUCCUGACCUGUCGGUAUCCCGUCAGAGAAGUCGUCUUCAGUGGGGGAUCCCAGUCCCAGGAGAUGAUGAGCAAACCAUCUAUGUAUGGGUAGAUGCUCUGGUGAAUUACCUCACAGUAGCUGGCUAUCCAGAUAAACACAACCAAUGGUGGCAUGUGGCCCGCCAUGUGAUAGGAAAGGACAUCCUAAAAUUUCAUGCCAUCUACUGGCCAGCUUUUCUCCUCGGAGCUGGACUGCCACUUCCACGGGUGAUUCAUGUGCACUCCCACUGGACAGUAGGAGGAAAGAAGAUGUCUAAAAGUUUGGGGAAUGUGGUAAAUCCACUUGACCGCUCACAAAUAUUUACAGCUGAUGGUAUGAGAUACUUUCUACUGCGCCAGGGUGUUCCCGACUCAGACUGUGAUUACACAGAUAACAAAGUUGCCAAGCUGCUCAAUGCAGAGCUUGCUGACUCUCUGGGUGGUCUGCUUAACCGCUGCACUGCCCCAGCCCUCAACCCAGCUCAGGUCUACCCCUCUUUCUGCUCUCAGUCCUUCCCCAGAGAACAAGGAGGCAGAGCUGUGGGUGAAGACUACCUCAUGUUGGAUGCUGUGAAAAAUCUCCCAGCUGUGGUGGAGAAGCACUAUGAGACUAUGCAUGUAUACAAAGCUCUGGAGGCCAUCAAUGCCUGUGUGAGGCUCACUAAUGGGUUUGUCCAGCGCCACGCACCCUGGAAGCUGGAUAGGAAGGACAGUGAAGACCAGCGCUGGCUAGACACCAUCAUCCACAUCUCUCUUGAGUGUCUGAGGAUUUAUGGCACACUUCUCCAGCCAGUUGUGCCGGAGACUUCUAACAAGUUGUUGUCAAGACUCGGGGUGCAACCACAUGAGAGGAGCUCAACAGCCCUGAACUUCCUGCCAAGGUAUCAGGGAAUGGACUGUCCCUUUGAAGGAAGAGCACUAGGAUCUGACUGCGGAGUGCUUUUCAGUCGCUUGGAAAAUCAGAAUGCAGAUAAACAAAAGCCUAUGAAAACAAAAAAGUCUGCAAAUUUUAAAUGAGGAAGGUUUUUUUUUUUUUAAUGUAAUCUAAAAACUCUAAGUUUCAACAUGUCAGUUUUCACACACGCACUACAACCCUGAACUUUUGUGAGCGGUGCAUGUGAGAACGCAAUGAUCUGACCCUGUCAGAUCACUCGUUAUCCUAUCUUUAACCUACCACCUCAUUAGUACAGAGUGUGACAUCAUAUUUGGGCCUGUACGAGAGUAGUCCAGUGUAUUCACCGCUUAGUGUCACGUAUGCUGCCUUCUGCACACUAUCCAGGCAGCUCAUUUGCUAAAACCAAGCAAAGUAUUUCCAGUAGUGAGAAUACAUCUGAAGACAUUUCCUGUUGAGUGCUACAUGUGAGAAAGGAUUGAUUCAAAAAAUGUAGUUCCUGUGGAAAAAAAAAAAAAUGCAGAGAAACAGCAAGUUAUUAAGUAACUGAGUACUAGACAGUAUCACUCACACUCUAACCUGAAUGCAGCCAUUUUUUUUUUUUUUUUCCUACCGUGGGAUGUCAAACUGGUUUGAAGCUCUAUUCUAACCAUAAUUGUCAACCUGAAGUGAAAAUGAAAAUACCUGUAUGGAAAUACAGGGCCUUUACACUUGGUUAUUUGUGUUUCUCUUGUUGGAAAUUGGUUUAAAACAUAUGAACUGUUACAUAUUUAGUAAUUGUCUCUAAACAGUUCUUAGGUAAAAGAAAAAAAGUUACAAUACUGGAAGGACACUUUGACUAUCACUAUAAUCCCAUGUUGUGUACACACCUCAUCAGCUGUAAAAGUUGUCCAUUCACCAGCAGGCAAAAGAUCAAAACUUUCACUGCCAGGGUUUAAAAACAGGCAGCUGACACAAGUACGAGACAUUAAAAACUGACAUGAUUUUUUUUAAUG